AUGAAGGUUUCAGAUGGUGCUGAGUCGAUUCUUAGUCCAAGUUCACAGCCAGGUGGGGAUAAGUUGACCGGUUAUCGGAGUAUACGCCGGCGGCGGAAGGGAAAUAGUGAUGUUGGCCGGAGGAGGAGGUGGGUUGGAAGUGGGCUCGUUGUCACUCCUCUUCGGCAAUGGAAAUUGCAUGACAGAGAUUUCAUCCAGGCGGCGGCGGUUUCGGUUUCAGCCAGGAAAAUUGCCGCGGGACUGUGGCAGUUUGCUUCGACGGCAGGUGGCGCCCGGUGGCGAUAUGGGCUACUUCAUCGGUUAGGAUAUGAGUUGAAUUUUUCAAUGGAAGGAGCUACAACAAAUUGGGAAUGUGGCUACUUGAAAGCAAAGAUUGCAACUUCCUCAGCUACUGCUUUGCAAGUUGAAUUGGUCGAAGCCCGAAAUCGAAUAAAAGAGCUUGAAGCUAAGCGAAGGUUCUCUAGGAUGAAACUCGAAAGCUUCACGAGGAAACUCGAUGAACAAAGGGCUUCAUGGAUCAGACGAGAGCUUCAAAAGAUGAGUGAAAUGAUCGAGGACUUAAAGGAACGCAAAAUAAGGGAAAAAAGAAAAUUUCAAAGUAUGGAUAUUCUUAACUCCAAACUUCUUAGCAAUCUUGCUGAUUCCAAAAAAUCGGCCAAGCAAUUCGUGCAAAACUACGAGAGAGAGAGAAAAGCGAGAGUGUUUUUGCAGGAGGUAUGUACUGAGCUAGCUAAAGAAAUUAAGAAGGAAAAGGCUGAAAUUAGAGCGUUGACGUAUGAACGUGGUCGAGUCUUAGAGAAGGUGGAAGAAGAGAGGAAAAUGCUGCAAAUGGUCGAGGCUUGGCACGAAGAACGUGUCCAGAUGAAGUUAGUCAAUGCGAAGCUGAUUUUGGAGGAAAAGUAUUCUGAGAUGAGUAAUAUCAUAGCAGAGCUCGAGACAUUCUUGAGAUCGACAAAUGUCAAAACAGAUAUGACCAAGAAGAGCCCGAUCGAAGUCCAAGGCACGAACGAAUUCUCAGACGCGCCUCCAAAACCAGAUUAUAUACACACAAUCGUCGAGGGUUCAAGAGUUAACGAGGCUAAAGGAAGGGGAAUGGACCGUUGCAUUAGUCAUAGUCCUAACAGUCAUUCAUCGAGUAUUACAAGGAGCACCACCAAUAUGCAUUCAAGUGACAAGGAGACCGUGAUCCAAGCUGACCAAAAUUCUAGUUUCAAUCUUGAGGAGUUCGAGAAAUCAGUGAAAGACACUAAUGGAUGUAAGUACAUUUCCAGUGGCAAACCGGAAGAUGACCAUUGUAAACAUCAUGGGAAGUCCAAAUUCAGUGAGGCUUCCUCGGUUUUAUCAAAGAAACCGAAGAAAAAAGGUCCAUCCCCUGGCAAGCUUUGGUUUAUUUCUCAAGAAAGAGUGUCCGGUGAAGCAGCAGUUUAUGGCCACCGUUCUGAUGGUCACUGGUGCCCACCUAAUCCUAGGAAUCCGCACAUAGUUCGAGGUAUGCAAGGUCGUAUUGAAUGGAGACGAGGAAUCCAAAGGCGAGGUUCAAGAGCAGAGGGCUUGGAAGCCAGGUUAGUAAGUCAGAAAAUGCAGUUACUCAGUGUACUUAAACAAAGGAGUUGA